CGGUGAGACGGUCAACACGCUUUCUAAGUCAUAGAUUCACGAGGUGAUGGAUGUUGCUUCUGCAUCCGCUGUCAAUGAAGCGUCUACGGUGCUACUGCGGACCACACCGAAAAGGCGGUUCGACAGUGGGAAUGGUGCAUCGCAGUCUGGAGUCUAAAUUAUUCGGAUAAGACACGAUGUUUAUAUUGCGAACGACGACUCACAUUCCAGCAACUCUCACCUCCAGUUCACUCUUCCUCAGGUUUCUCCAACGACUCAGGCGCGAUGCCAACAUAUCCCUGGGAUACAUACACGAAGGAGAUGCGCGAGAAGUACUCUUGCUAUGGCAGAGCUAUGUGGAACCCAUCUCCGCACCUAGCCGCCAUUCAUCCAGACGUAGACAAUGCGGUAGAUAUCGGCGACGUCGGGCGCAUCGAGCGCGGACAGUUCCAUCGUCUAUUCAAUACGAUCAGUGGCUUCAGCCACUGGACCCUCCCUCCGACGCUCGUUAUGUUACCUCAGACCGAGAUCGAGGCAUUGGUGGUGGAAGAUAACAUAACUGAGUCGUGCUUGCACAGCAGCAGUCUCCUGACGCUAGAUAUCGAUGGCGGAGCGACCGGCGGCAACGUAGCGGCAGCAGGCGCGUCUUUCAAGUGUGCAAGAAAGCGAGGGGCACUUCUGCACUUGCCUGAGCCCGAGUCGAGGAGCAUCAAUGCUUCCGGAACAUCUGCCCGUGCUCAAUAUUCAUAUGCGAGUGGCAAGAGGCUCGCCAGUAACAUCAUUCUGGAAGAGUACGUGGGCAGAAAUAUUCAAUCAUGGCACAGAUUUGCUACAGGGACGGCGCGAUGGCGCGUCGACGAAGCAGACCUCGUAUUUGUGACCGGAUAUUUCGCCACAGAACGCUGGGGGGUAGCCACAUGUACGGACCACGGGGUGGAUGCAACAGUCAGCAUUCGCGCUGGGCAAGGACCCCUGGACAUCUCAUUCUCUGUCUCCGGAUCGAUUGCCACCUCCAGCUUCUUUCACACGAGAUGCGGUCCAUCCAACCCUAGACCAGGGAGACAAUGUAUAUUCCUCGACUUAUACAGGGGCGCAAGCCGGGCUUCGAUAUUCGCCAGCAAAUUCCUGUUCUUCUCCAAGCCUUUCAAUGCGCUUGGGGUUGCGGGGCAGCCUACUACACAUGAUGCAGCAAGACACAGGGACGGCUACGAGUUGGGAAAUGGUUUUGCUUCCAUCACCGGAGCCGAAUUGGGCGACGAUAUACCUAUGACAGACGAGCCGAACCUGUACGACGAAGCCUCAGAGAUACCAGACCCUUCAGUGAUGCUACUUGGUCGCAUUCUGCAGCACUCCAAUGCUGAUGUGGCGGUCGUCAGCACACAUGACCUGCACUAUUUGCAGACUCGCGAGUUAGAGAAGCUCCGUGCGGGUCGAGAUCGCCCAGUACCACCCACUGUCUCUCAUCAGCAGUUGGAUGACUGGUGGCAUCCCACGGACAUCAUCGUUGUACCUACAAGUGCAUUGAGAGGUAAUGGACUGUAGUCGUUUCCAGUGAACAGAUAGCACUGAUGUCUGAUGUACUUAGUCGGAGUUUUGCAAGUGAAUACGUUCGAGCGUCGACAAUGCCUACCGGAAGAUACUCUCC